GAGGAGAAGGUGGAGGAAGAGGAGAGCGUCAGUCUGAACCGUGCGCCUUUUUGGAGUCACGUUACGCCCCGACAGGGAGAGCAGCUCCGGGGAGGGACAUUUUCACAUGUGGAAAGGGAAUAACUGUUGAUCUUCGCUUUCUCUUUCUGCGGGGAGCUCAAGUACACCUGUCCCCAUACACAGAGUUAAGGCGCAAGUCCCGAGCAGAAGCUGCCGCUUUUUUUUAUUCAUCUGUUUCUUUUUUAAGUUUCCAAAAGUUAGAAAAAUGUUGGGCAGCGGUAAGUCACCGAAAGCAACUUCGAAGGAGCAGAGGAGUAAAGUGGCGGAGACGCCUACGAACCCAAUAAAAAGGCUCGGACUUUUGGACAAUGAAGAUAUCCGUGUUAUGAUGCAAGGCUCCAGUAUGGUGAAAGUUCGCUCUUCCAGGUGGAAAAAGAGCAGAAGCCUGCGGUUGCUGGAGGAUGGACUUACCGUCUGGUGCGAGUCCACCAAGAGCUCCCGCAAAGCCAAAUCCCAGCAGACGUUUGCGGUGACCGAGGUGGAGUGCGUGCGCGAGGGUUGCCAGUCGGAGGCACUCAGGCAGCUGUCCGGGUCGGUCCCAGAGAACCAAUGCUUCACGGUGAUCUUCAAAGGAGCCAGGAAGAGCCUGGACCUGCUAUCCCCCUGUGCGGAAGAAGCCCAGCGCUGGGUGCGAGGACUCCGCUUACUGAAGGAGCGCGUUGGCAACAUGACGCAGAAGGAAAAACUGGACCAUUGGAUCCAUGGCUAUCUGAGGCGAGCAGAUCACAACCAGGAUGGCAAGAUGAGCUACGACGAGGUCAAACGGCUGUUACAGAUGAUCAACAUUAACCUGAAUGAGCAGUACGCCCACUGUUUAUUCAAGCGGUGUGACCGAUCUGGCGAUGGACGUCUGGAUCACACAGAGACUGAGGAAUUCUGCAGGGAGCUGCUACGUCGGCCUGAACUGGAUGCCGUGUUUAGACACCAUUCGAGUAAUGGGUGUGUGCUUUCUACUGCGGAGUUGCGUGACUUCCUGGGAGACCAAGGAGAGGAUGCCUCAUUUAAUCAUGCUAAGAGUCUGAUACUCACCUACGAGCUCAAUGACUGGGCUCAGAAGAACCUGUUCAUGACUCAGAACGGCUUCACCAUGUACAUGCUGUCAGGGGAGAAUGAUGUCUUCAACCCUGACCACACUAGAGUCUACCAAGACAUGAGCCGCCCUUUGGCCCAUUACUUUAUCUCCUCAUCACACAACACCUACCUCACCAAGGACCAGGUUACCAGCGCCAGCAGCACUGAGCCAUACAUUAGGGCUCUGAAUCAGGGCUGCCGCUGUGUGGAGCUGGACUGCUGGGAUGGAGAUAAAGGUGAACCCGUCAUCUACCACGGCCACACCCUCACCUCUAAAGUCCCCUUUAAGGAAGUCAUAGAAACUAUCGCCCAGUAUGCGUUCAAGGCGUCCCCAUACCCUCUGAUCCUGUCCUUGGAGAAUCACUGUUCUGUGGAACAGCAGGCAGUCAUGGCUAAACAUCUCCGUACCAUCCUUGGCAUUAAACUGCUCACCAAGCCUCUGAGUGACCUGCCACUGAGUGAGCUGCCUUCUCCCGAGGAAGUUAGGGGGCGUAUUCUGGUAAAGGGAAAGAAUCACACUCCUCACUUGGGUCAGCUGAGCAAGAACGGAAGUUUUGCCAGCUUCUCCUCGAGCUCUGAAGAUGAAUUUGUAAGCACUAAUAAGAGCACACCCAAAAAGGAUCCUGCAAAGGUCUGUUCUAAACUGAGCCUUGAGCUAUCAGAGCUGGUGGUAUAUUGCAAGAGCGUUACUUUCCAAGGGUUUGAAAGUGCAUCAAACAAACCUCCAAAUGAAAUGUCUUCCUUUUCUGAAAAUGAUGCCCUCAGGCUCAUCAAAGAUUCAGGGAAGCUUUUUGUGAGACACAACAGCAGGCAGCUGAGCCGGAUCUACCCCUCUGGCCAGCGCCUGCAAUCAUCCAACUACGAUCCUAAAGAAAUGUGGAACGUUGGCUGCCAGAUGGUGGCCCUGAACUUCCAGACACCUGGGGAGCAGAUGGACCUUAACCAGGGUCGUUUCCUUACCAAUGGUCGCUGUGGAUACAUCCUCAAACCCAGCUUCUUAUGCAGCACCACAUCUAACUUUAAUCCAGAGAACACUGGCGGAGGCCCUGGUCACACCCCUACCCAGCUAACUAUACGAAUUUUAUCUGCGCAGCAGCUGCCAAAAAUCAACACAGAGAAAGCGAGCUCCAUUGUGGAUCCACAAGUGUGGGUGGAAAUUCACGGAGUGGCUAUUGAUAACGCCAGAGACAAAACCCACCGCAUUGACAACAAUGGUUUCAACCCACGGUGGGACUGCACUCUGAGCUUCCAGCUGCAAGUCCCUGAACUGGCCCUGGUGCGCUUUGUAGUGGAGGACCACGAUCACACUGCCAAAAAUGACUUCGUAGGGCAGUUUACCUUGCCUUUCACAAGCCUCCGCACAGGCUAUCGACAUGUUCACCUGUUGAAGGCAGAUGGCUCCAGCCUGUCCCCAGCUACGCUUUUCAUCCAUGUAAAAGUGAACCGCAAAGGAGUUCCUGUCAAAAGUGUGUCAGAGCAUAUGGCCAUGUGCAAAGGCAAAGCAUGAAACAGAUCUGAACUGGAUGAAAAGAAAUGUUUUUUUUUUUCUUAUAAGAAGCAGUUUUGAAACAAGAAGCUCCUAAUGUGAGGGGAGUGCUGCUGUUUCUGCCAGCCGCUCUCCCAGUCCAAACAUCAAAUGGUCUGAUUUAAUCUCAGCCGCUCUCUAAAAGCAGGAGGAAGAUGUUUAUCAGAGAUGAAGAAGAACACUGGCUCUCAGAUGCAGAGCUGUGGAGACAGGACAUUGGAUAGCGAGGCUCCCGAAACACAUUUUUACAACAGAGUGUGGUUUUAGUUUGAACUCUUAAAAACUUCUAGAAGGAAUAAAUAGGUCUUUCACAUUUUGUAAUGUCCAUUUGAGAAAUCUUAAACUGUUUUUUAUAUUUGUAUGUUUUUGCUUCUUAACUUAAAACUGAAGAUAGUUUAACAAAAAAUGAGUGACUUUAGUGAAUUUAGGUGCUACCACAAAGAAAGUAAGCAUAACUGGCUUUUAAAUGUGACCUAUAUUUUUAGAGAUGUAUUAUUUUAGCAUUGGGAUGUUAAAGAGAUAAUGAGCCAAAAGGUUGUACUAAGCAUGAACUAAUAUCAGAGACUAUUUGUUAAGUCCUGAUACUUAAGAUAUGUUGGCACUUUUGAUUUUUCUGUGGAAGACAAAUGACUGUUUCUGAUAUGUACAAAUGGACUAAAUGUAGGUAAUUUUUUUACUUAUGCCUUAUUUGGGUCAUCAUCAUUUCAUAUGUUCAGAUAACAAGAAUCAGACUGUGCUUAAUUUUUCAUGUAGAUAAACUUGAUUUAUCAGUUUAUUUUUUUGCCAAUUCUUUUUCACACACAGAAAAUGGAACUUUAUCACCAACUGCAGAAAUCUUACACAGCCAGCAAUCACUGCAGGCCACAACAAACACUUCACUGAUGAUUAAAUGCUUCAGUAAUGGAAGGUGACGCUCAGAGUUUGCUGUAAUUACAGUUUAUACACUGUAGGUGGUUUUCAUAGAUUUUAACAUGGUGAGUGAAGUAAAACUUAGGUGUUACAGAUUCAGCUUCUGUUUUAUGAAUGCAAGCUGUUACGUGAACAAGAGAAAAUGCUGCUAUUAUAAAGCAUUGAUAACA